AUGAAAAACCAAAACAACGACAAGCUCUGUAAUCUGAAGGACUUGGUGCCCUUCUACAAGAAAGACAAUGAAAAACUGAACGAAAAUACAGAGGACAUUGUAUAUUCAGUAAAAAAGAAAUUUAACUUUAUCAAGGAAAAAAAGGAGACUACAUUUAAUAAGUAUGAAGACACCAAGAAAAAUUUGGACCUCCUCAAUCGAGAAUUAAAACUCAACAAGAUUUCUCUCGUGCAACAAAAAAUUGAACAUGAAGAACUGAAGACGAAGAAUGAAGAGAUAUUAAAUAAAUUUGAAAACCUCAAGCAUUCCAAGCACACCUACCAAAUUAUGUUGCAACGGCUCAAGAAGGAAAAGAAAAUGUUGUACUUCUACUUAAACUCCUUGGAAAGAACAGUCACGGGCCUUAAAAAUAACGAACGGCAAUUGCACAACGCGAUUCAAAAAAUAACUUCGGAAAAUAAAAAUUUAAAAAAAUCCAUCGAUGAGAAAAAAACGGAACUCCUGAAGGCGAAAAAUAAAAAUGAGGAAAUCCUCAAAUAUAUGAAUGUCAACAAGGAGCACAGCAAUAUACUCAGGAUAAGGAGGGAAAUGAUCAGCCAAUACAAAAACAACAAACUGCACAACGCAGACAUAGCGCUGAUGGUCGAGGAAAAAAAAAAAUUCAAGAAGCUCCUCAUCUACUACUUGCUACUCAACAACUACUUAAAACUGAGCGCAUCCAACAUCUUCGAAAAUGCAAGCAACAUAUAUGCCACCAUAUCGAAGCUGAGGGAGGCAACCGGAGUUACAGAUAUUUAUGACAUAAAUCAAAAGUUUCAAGAUAUAGAAAAUAAAAAGAAUUUGCUGCAAAAGGAGGAGGAGUCAUCUCAGAGGAAGCUCGAAGACGCCAUUAAGGAAUACAUUGUUCUCAAUAACGACAUCAUAAACACCUUUUCGGAGGACAAGAAUAUAUUGAAGAACAAAAUUUUAAAUGAAAAAGAAAAAAUAUCGGAUGACAUGUAUGAUAUGUACAAGCUCGUCUUCGCAAGCGAAAAGGAACUAGAAGACAUUAACAUGAAGCUGGACAAAAUAAAAAAAUUCUUGGAGAAACAAAACAACUACUUUCACUCGAUUAAUAUGGAAGAUAAAGUUGAAUUUCACUCGAAUGAAGACAUGUUGCAAUAUAUCAAAAAUUUAAAGACAGUCAUAGAGAUCCUCAUGCGGAUAACUCAGAAAAACAGAGAAAACGGAAACAUCAGCAGAUCCUACAAAUCUUUGGAGUUUCUGGAAAUUAUCAACCUGUACAAGAACGUCGACUUCCACAAGAAGAUGUGCAGAGUUGACGACACCCUGGAUCUGGAAAAUUCUAUAAAGCUCGGUACUCUCUAA